AUGCCAGUGCGGUGGCUCACUAGCAAAAGAGGCUUCAAUAAACGAGAAACCGACCGUAUAUUUGACUUUGCAUCGUACGCUUUCGAUGCAGCCUGGUGUAAGAUGAUCUACGCUAUGAUGAUUGGAAGCUGCCUGUGCGUGCCAUCCGAAGGCGAACAAGAGGCGGACGGGGCUGCAGCGCUCCGCAAAUAUCAAGUCAACUAUGCCGUCUUGAUUCUCUCGGUGGCAUGGUUCAGCGCCGUAGAGCUGCCGGACAGUCUCCGAACGUUUCACUUUGGUGGAGAGCCUCUGAAAGCCGCCCUGAUGAAGGAGUUUUCCACACGCUCAACAGUCAUCAAAGCCUACAGUCCUGCCGAAUGUUCUACCAUUAGCAUGGCCAUUGUCACCCGCCCGAACAACGCAAACGACUCAACUAUCGGCAUAGAUCCUGGUGCUUGUACCUGGGUUGUGAAAGCGGAUGUAACCGAUUUGAUGCCAGUGGGAGAGAUAGGAGAGCUGUGGAUGGAAGGUCCCAUUGUCGAUUAA